GAGCUUUCCUCCCACCGACCUUUGGCGAUGGCUAUGGCGCUAUAUGUCCCUAUGCCCGCACUCCUCUCCCCACCCGAUUUAUUCCCGUUCGAGGUUGUGAUGGACUGGAAAGGUGCAUUUGUGUCCAGUGUGGUGGAGUUGGACGGGUUACCAAUCGGCAUCGCAAGUUGACGUGCUUGUUGGCCCUUCACACUGUUGACUAACUCGGGGUUUAUGACUAACUACAUGAACGAGACAAGCCCUCUCAGCAUUGUAAGCUUUCCUGCAGAGAUUUGAAGUGAUGGCGAAGCGCACUGACUUGGAUCGCAUAAACGAUCCUAAUUUCCUUGUGGAGAUUGCAGUGGGACCGCCUCUGGCGCCACUCGUGCCACAGGAGCCCAGCAGCGGACUAACCCUAGGGGGGAAAUUCUUGCAAGCCCCAGGACGCUUCAUCUUCAAGAAAGCCCAUUUGUCAGCCGACGACAAUCGCAUCUUCAAUGCGCAGAAUGGGCAGCUCGUGUGCGUCUCGCACCAUUACGGUAAAAACCCUUAUGAGAUGAUGGAUCCACUGGGACUUUCUCACCAGAACGAUUUUUGGAACCGUACCCACAUCCUCGGCGAGUGGGAGUCCAUCUGCCAUGUGACGGGCUACCAUGGCAUGCCCAGUUUCAAAGUGAAGCCGAAGACUUUCUCUGUCCAUGGACGGCAGUACGUGAUGGAUCACGGUGGGGGGAAAACCUUCUUCAACAUUGCCAAGCAGUCUAGGGUAAAGUCCAUGUCGAUUCGGCACAAUUUAGUGGUGUGCAGGGGGGAGACAGAGGAUGAUGUGUAUACCAUUCUGGUGGACUUGGCGGGGAGGACGAUGCAGAUCGUGAAUGAGAAGGAGGAGCGGAUCGCUAUGGUGGAGAAAUCCAUGAAGACGUUGAUCAUGAACGCGGCCUUUGGGGCAGGUAGUGAGCUCGUAAUCGACAUCGCCCCGGGCGUGGACUGGACAGCCAUCUUAGCGAUCCUGAUUGGGCUGAAGCAAGUGGGCGAGCAUUUCCUCAAGGACGCGGUGAGCAACUUCGUUAUUAGCCCCGCGCAAAACGCCGCCCAGGACUAUGUGUUGGAUGUGUCGGGGCUGGGAGGCGUUGCGAACGAGAUGGGGCAGCACACGGAUCAGGCCAUUCGCACGCUCAAUAUCUUUCAAUCGUUGAUGAAGGAGUUCUACCACUGAUUCUUCGUCACCGUCACUCUUCUAUUUGUCGCACAUUGAUUUCUCUGGUGGGACGAAGAAGUUUUGGCGGCUAGGGUGGUGGCGAGUUAUCCUCUAACUACAUGUUCUGCAGCAGAAGUGUAGGGAGCCACUUCGUUGAAUUUCGCAUUGUAUGUACAGUGUUACCUGUUUUAAUGCAACCGACCAUCACGUUUUCUUUGA